CAAUCCCUCGCCUCUUUCCGGUUCCAACCAUUCGAGACCUAAGAUGGCGGACCGGCGGCGAAGGAGGAGGCGCGCGUCCCAGGACAGCGAGGACGACGACGAGUCCGGUUCGGGUUCGGACAGCGGGAGGUCGGGGUCCCCGGCGACCAGUAAGGGCCGAGCAAGGGAUCCCGAGCCGCCGGUGGUGACAGCGGCCCGGCCCGAGGCGAAGAGCGAGUCCGAGUGUGAGAGUGAAGAUGGUGUAGGAGAAGCUGUCCUCUCUGACUACGACAGUGCCGAUCCAGAAGAAAAUGGCUCCCAUUCAGAGGGAGUUGAGGAGGAAGAGGAGGUUGAACAGUACAGUGAUGAAGAAGCUCCAGCAGCAGCCAGCGAGCCCAAACCCUCGGCAGACGAAAGCUCAACAAAGGUAGAAGAGGUGGUGGAGGAUGGGGAGGAUGAAGAGAAGGAGGCAGAGAGAGAGGGAGGUGGAAGGAGUAAAGAGGAGAGCAAGGCAGAGGAGAAAGGAAACCUUGCUGGAGAGAGACAGAGCGGUGACGGACAGGAGUCUACAGACGACCCUGAGACAAAGGCGGGAGGAAAACCAGGUCAGAAGCUCGACGAUGACGAGGACAGAAAGAACCCUGCCUACAUCCCAAGGAAGGGUCUGUUCUUCGAGCACGAUGUCAGAGGGCAUGCUCAGGAAGAGGAGAGACCUAAAGGUCGAAACAGGAAGUUGUGGAAGGAUGAGGGUCGCUGGGAGCAUGACAAGUUCAGGGAGGAGGAACAGGCGCCGAAGAGCCGCGAGGAGCUUAUUGCAAUCUACGGCUAUGACAUCAGAAAUGGUGGUGGCUCCGGAGACCGACCAUACCGGCAGCGCAGGCCGAGACAAAAUACAUCUCCCAACAGAGACAAGCGGUGGAGAGAUGGAGGAGGAGAGCGACCGGUUCGAUCAUGGCAGAGUGGAGGAGGAGGUCUAAACCGAGGAGGAACUCCACCUUCAUCAAACCACCCCUCCUCUACAUCCCCCUCCUCUGUUCCUCUUUCCUCUGCUCAGCGUGGCAGCAAUCCCUCCAGACCACCUCCCUCUCGCAGCAGACCAUCCCACCAGAAUCAAAUGCACCUUCCGCCUCAGUCACAGUACAGGAAUAAUGAAUCAAACAUACCCCAGAUGCACCCUAGGGAACGACAGGGCCCUAAAGCUCAGUCUGACCCAACAGGAGACAGGGGUGGGGUCAGCAGGGGAGGACGUGGUGGUGGUGGUGGUGGGGGAAGGGGGCCUUCUGUGGUCAUUGAGGAUAUUGCAGUCAGCCAAGGAGGCGUUAGGGAACAGGACCUAAGUGUUGUAACGACAGCGGCAUCGUCGCAGCCAGGCGGUUACCAGUCUACAUCACCAAGACGACAGCAGCAAGAACAGCGAGGGAGCGCUGAUAGAUCUGCGGCAGGAUCAACUGCUCCCUCCUCCACCUCUGACCCCUCCCUUCAGACAUCAGCGACCAAUCGGGAAGCCUCUCCUCCCACCGAGCGGCCGGUGGAGCGUAAAUCUUACUCUCUGGCACGCAGGACUCGCUCUCGGCCCGCUGACCUGGGCAGCAAACAGCCAUCUAUGGAGGAGUCUGCAGCUGGAGGGAACACCUCCUCCCCAGGCGGCGUGGUGGGAAAGAGCUGGGCAGGAGCAAGCGAUGGACCGAGUCAGGCGGGUGGAGGAGGUGGAGGGCUGACAGAGCUGGACCAGGAUGUGGCUCGACUCAGUCUGGUUGGACAGAGCUGGAGCCAGAGCCCAUCAUCCUACAUGCGGUCUGAGAUGAGAGGCCUCCCUAGUACCAUGCACAUCCCCAGUGGCCCGCCCCAGUUCUCCGGCAUGGAGGAGAUGGGUGUCGGCUCCAAUCGAGCCAAACGCUACUCAUCCCAACGUCAGAGAGCCGUACCUGAGCCAGCACCACCGAUGCACCUGGGAGUGAUGGAGGGACACUACUAUGAACCCAUGUCGUACCAGGGACCAAUCUACGGGGACGGCCCCGCCCCCAUCCCGCCACAGGGCAUGCUGGUCCAGCCUGAGAUGCACAUCCCCCAUCCUGGUCUCCAUCCCCAUCAGUCGGGCGGCCCGAUCGCUAACCCCGCCCUCUACGGUGGCCCAACUGUUUCUCUGUCUCCGGGGCAACCGCAGCAGCUGCUGCCACCGCCUUUCUACCCUCCACCGGGGGUCAUGACCUUUCCUUACCCCACCAUGUACCCAAGUCCACAGGGCCAGGCCCAGGUGACCUACGGAGGUGUGACAUACUACGACACGAUGCAGCAGCAAGCUCAGCCCAAGCCUUCACCUCCCCGCCGCACAUCCCAGCCCGUCACUGUCAAGCCCCCCCCUCCGGAGCUGCACUUCGCCUCAGAGUGACCCGCCCCCCCUCACCCCUCCCCGCCAUCCAGUCUCAGCCUCACUCUGAUCCGAAAACUACAGGAGUGGAAUGGGAGGGUCAGUGAGGAGCUGCGGUCCACAAUGGCAACCACCAACAUUAUCCAGAGAGGGAGGGACAGAUGGAUGGAGGUGAAGUCGGACUCUGCAGGUGAUCCACAGCGUCACUGGUGGAAUAUGACUUUUUCUUUAUAGUUUCACCUUUUGUUUUCGACCCUGUAGCAGUGAGGCGACAUGUCAUAAGCCAGACUGUUCUGUAACUCUGCAGUCGCAGGUUUGAUCCCACCAACGUGUCUUUUGAGCAACAACAAAUCUGAACUGGAAAUGUACUAACAUCUGCCUGUCGGAGUGAUGAGCUCAAACCCUUUAGAAGCAUUUAACGUCACGCAGAGUUGGAUGGACGAAGUCAAACUCUCAACGUUGGGAUCAGAGUUGUCAGUCUUGAAUUUUUAUUUUUUUUUUUACAGUGAAGUUUGCUGUUUCAGCAGGAUUGGGACUGAACCCUAAAAACAGCAGUGAACAGGCAAUAUAAACGGUUUCUUUGUUAUUCCGUUAUCAGCUCAUCAGUUUACUUUAUACUAUACUUCAGCUAGUGUUUUGUCCUAAUAGGAAACGGGAAGUAGUUUGUCAUUUUCCAUCAUUGUUACUACAAAAAGUUCAAACAAGAUUAAAAAAAAACAAAAAACAGAAGCUAACUAAAAAUAAAACAGAAUUUAUGAGCAAUUCGGGGGAUGUUUGUGAGAAAUGGUUAUGUAUAUAGUUUGAAUGCAGCUCUCAGUGUCAUGUCACAGCUAGCACGGUGCUUCCUGAAAACCUCCAGAUGUUACCGUCAUGUUACAGCUGGCUGGAGUUUGUUAGUUUUGGAUGUUUUUCCCCUCCACACAGACAGACAGACAGACAGACAGACAGACAGACAGACGGUUCUUGCACUUGAAGAUCUCUGCAUUUGUUACUGUGACUGUCUUUUAAAUGGGAAACAUAGAUUCAGAAAUCUGCGUAGCUGCAUGUCAUCUUCAGUCUAAUUUAUGCUCGAUCACUCUGCACCCCGUCAGGCUGCAACUUUAGUCGACAAAACCCCAAAUAUUUGAUAUAAAUGUUAAAUCAGUUGUUACAAGUCUUGUCAGUUAAUUUUCUUUUGAUCUUGAGACUCUAACUGCAACUCAUUAAAUUUUUUUUUUCAUAAUGUCAUAGACUGUAAAGAGAACAGAAAAGAGGCAUGCUGUCAUUUCUCCUUCUAAAAAACCCACACAAUCACAGAAAUGUAUGUCUGUAGAUUAAGUCUGGCCGACGUAGAUAAAAAUCUCAAUUUUCCAAGCUUUUAAUACAUUUUUUCCUGAAACAAGACUAAAAUAUGAUUAAAACAUCAGAUAUUCUAUGACUUUGUGACUGCGAGCAUAUUUAAAAAAAAAUAAAAUACAGGUUAUCCCAAACACUGUUAGCGCCACCACACUGUUACACACUUCAAAUAGAGCAGUGACGUGUAGAUCAGUGAUCACUGUCAGCACAGACAGAGCUAGCCCAGCAGGUUGACACACUGAACAAAGUAGAAUCUCCAUACUGAUCAAGUCUGUUGUUGUAAACAGAGAUAAUUCCUCGUCAACAAACAGAGCACAGAUCAGUUUCAGAGUCUCAUUGCAGUUUGUCCUCUUGGAAAUUUGACUAUUAGAUUUACUGCAAGUUAAACAGCUGCACACCUGGAGUCAUAACUGGCAGGUAAACUGCAGCAGGUGUUCAUGAAGUUUGAGCAAAUGGUGUGUUUACACAGGACUGCUGUAACUCCAGACGGACUCCAGACGGCUCAUGUAGCAGCUGUCAUUGACGUUACUUGUUAAAAUAACCUUUUUGUGCACAGUGUAAUAAUUCAGUGUACAUGACGAAAAAGUGUACACAUCGUGCUAAAAAAAAUAUUCAAAUUAAUCUGAUUGAUUACAUCCAUCACCCAGCCCAGGGACGUUGCUUUCUUUUUAUGUUUCUUUAUGGUGAGUGCUGCUAUGGUAACAGCCCAUCCAAUCACACUCUGUUAUAGACUUUGACAUAACUGAUUUGACAGUUAGGCCAAUGCUGCGUUCACAUGAAAUCAAGAAAAGCAUGACAAUGAAUUUAGGAGAGGCCAGUAGGGAAUACCAGUAAUUGUAGACAGCAUUACUGCUAAAAUAUUUGAAUUUUUUCAGCCCUCCAGGACUGAAUUUACAACUGAAUGUUGCAUAGUUUUUCACACAAGGUGAAAACAAUUAAUAAACGGACAUUACCAAAAAAAUGCAUGAAAUAAUAAACACAAAAUAAUUUGAUUUAAUUCUUUGUACAUAAUACAGUACCGCCAUUAAGUUGCACGUUUUGUUUGUUCUUCCUGUUGCGUCCAAAAGAUGUUGUCCAUCUGCCGCCUGCCUGAUUCCAUGUGAACACAGCAUGAGUCAUACGAUACAAACAAAAUAAUCUCACAGAAGACGUAAUGUGAUUAUAAAAUUAAACAUUAAAGGAAUACUUCACCCACAAAAUUACCAUUUAUAUAUCAAUUAUUCAUGUUGUGUUAACUUCAGUUUGUUGAUAAAAUGUGUUUUUCUUGCAUGCCUCCGGUGAACUAAGAAUCCAAAAACAGGACUAUAAGUGAAACUUAUCUAAGCUUUCAUUUUUAGUCCCAGUCAGAGAGGACCGAAGGAGAGGCAAUGCAGCAUAGACUUGGAUUAUACUGCACGAGCUGUGUCAGAGUUUGUAAACAGAUGUUUUACUUUAGUUUUGCCGUUGUUAAAUGUGCUCCCUUCAGUUAAUGCACAAUAUUUGCAGUUUUUGGAUUCUUUGUUUUUCUUGCAUGCCUCAAAUGAAAGAAGUCUUCCUCACAAAUUGAUGUUGACAUGCUGUGAAUAGUUGAUAUAUAAGAGGUCAUUUUGUUGGUGAAGAACUCAUUUAAAAUAUAAAAUCAGUGUAUUGGACCUUUAAAUCCUGUUCAUCUGCUCACACGAAUGCACUUUUUGUUUAUUUUCUGACAGCAGCUUUUUACUUUUGCAGAGAGUGAAACAAAAGAAAAGUUGCACAGAAGUCCGUCGGCCGUCUGAUAUCAGCUGCUGCUGCUGGGUGGAGGCAUUUCUUGUUGCUGUACAUAGAAAUCUAAAUGUGUAUAUAGAAGCUUGAACAGAUAAAUAGAGCAGUAAACAUAUUCUAAUGAUACUACUAGUGCUACAGAACAGUCAGAUCUGAUUCAGAGCGCAUCGGCAGGGACCUUGAAUGUUAACGGUGGAUAUAAUUUAGAGAGAGACGACUAAGGAGCUGUGUGGCUUUAGCUUUGGUUUGUUUUGUAUUCUUUUCCUUUUUGAAAUGUUUAAUUUUAAUGAUUUUUUUUUAUUGUUAGUGAAUGCAGGAGUGAAACGACGACUUCCUGCCUGAUUUCUUUGUUUUCACAUGUUAACAGGCAACACUGAGGAAACCACUUUAUAAGACAGAAACUAUUAAUUCUUCGUUUGUUUGUUCUGCAACAAAAAUACAUUUUCAGAGAUGAAAGUAAGCAAAAAUAAAAGUGUAUUUUUCUCUUCAUUUUCCAGCAAUUUAUUUUACAUUAAAGGAUUUAGUGUUUGUGGUUUGAUGUCAAAUUAAACACAGAUAUUUAGUGCUGCCUGAACAAAAUGUCAGCCUGAUAUAUAAUGAGAAUUUCUAAUGAACUCAGUCAUGACAGAAAGCUCCUCUGCCCUGUCGGACCCCUUUGUAGUCAGGUCAUUAAAGCUGUCCUGAUGUUCUACUUAUAUUUACGUUAAUACAUAUGACAGUGAUAUUAACAUGAGCACAGCUGCUGGGCCUGUAAAUGAGCGCAGACAGAACUUAAUUCAUACUGAUUGUUCUUUGAUGUAGAAACGUCAAACAUAAAGGAUGUGUGGUGUCGUUAGGAGCAACACUUUAUUUACUCUGAGCUCAGCAGCAAUAUGAUUUAUUUCAUUUUCUUCAAAUUUUGAACUUUAAUCCUAUUUAGUUUUAUUUUGAACAGUAUUACGACCAGUAUUCUGCUUUAUUGCAGCAACAACUUCCAAAAUCUUGAGCAGCUGCUUUGAUUUAAAAAAAACAAACAAACAAAAAAAAAAAACGUACUAAAAGGUGAGAUGAUAAAAAUAAAUCAUU